AUGAACUGGGACCAGCGCAAGGUUUACGUUAAUGGUCUUGUCACUCGUAAAACAACAUCACGUAAAACUAGUGAUGGAGAAUCACGACGUGAAGGUACUUUUGAGUAUAGUUUGCCAGCCACCGAUGGUAAAAAAUUACAGGUUUGUCGGACAACAUUUUUAAACACUUUAUGCCUAGGCUCCUUUACAGUUCAGUCUUGGGUUAAAAAGGCGCAUUGUGGAGUAAUCCCUAGCCAGGAAGUUCAAAAUACGGCCAGAGUCCGAACGCUAAGAACAGGAACUCAGCAUAAACUUUCAGCCGCUGGUAAAUUCUUAAAUGACAUUCCCAAAUUACCGUCACACUAUGCAAGGAAGGAUUCCUCAAAGCUUUAUUUAGAACCAAUAUUUCGUUCCCUCAGUGACUUGUACAGUCACUACAAAGAAUACUGCGCUGAAAAUGGCGAGCCAAUAGUAUGUCGUUUCACGUUUGAGAAAUUGUUCAAGGAUAAAAACUUGUCCUUGUACACGUUAAAAAAAGACAUGUGCGACGUCUGUAGUGGGCAUGCAGUAGGUAAUAUUAAUACAAGUGAUUACGAGCAACAUAUAAAACGAAAAGAUAGAGCGAGGCUAGAAAAAGAAAAUGACAAGAAGCAAGCUCUUACUGCAAAUUUCAUUUUGCUGUCCAUGGAUCUGGAAGCGGUUAAAGUGUCUCCUUAUCUAACCGCUAGUGCCUUAUAUUUCAAGACUAAGCUUACCUGCCACAAUUUCACCGUAUACGACCUAAUUACUCAUCAAGCCUCCUGUUAUUGGUUUGAUGAAACGUCUGCGGAUCUAACUGCCAGUACUUUUGCAUCUUUUGUGAUCGACUAUCUUGAGAGAUAUUGUCUGCCUAAAGGUAUUGUCUGCCUAGUUAUUUAUUCCGAUGGGUGUACAUACCAGAACAGGAAUAACAUAAUGGCUAAUGCAUUGUUAAACAUGAGUGUUGAACACAACGUGAGUAUAACGCAAAAGUAUUUAGAACCUAGUCACACUCAAAUGGAGUGUGACUCAGUGCAUGCUACAAUCGAAAGGAAACUGAAGAAUAGAGAAAUCCAUGUCCCCAGCGACUUUAUAUCUGUGACUAAAGAGGCACGGAAGAAACCAACUCCCUAUGAAGCUAUUCACGUAGAUCACAGUUUCGUAAAGGAUUACAGUGACAAAUCCACUUGGAGUGUAUCUCCAAGCAGCAUAAGACCAGGCCGAAAAGAUGGAGAUACUGUCAUAGUUGAUAUAAGGGCACUAAGUUAUAAUCGGCAGUCUAAAGUUAGUAAUGAGAGAGAAGUACAAGUAAAAAUGAUUAAUGAAACACCUGAUUGUGACAACACUGAUGAUUCCUUAAUUGAAGUAGUUGAGGUUGUAAGAGAGAAUUUUGAAAAUGUAAAUCCUGAUCAAGUGGAAAAUACUAUGCCAGAAAAGUCAAUCAAAACAAUGAUCAUAGACCACAGAGAAAUAAACGAAUUCCUGUUUACUGAUAAUGAUGGUUACUGCAAUGCCUAUAUUACAUGUGCUUCAACCGGCAAAGCUGCCGUGGCUAUUGACGGUACAACUGUUCAUACAGCACUCAAAAUUUCUCUUUCAAAACUUUUGCCUCUGUCAUCAGAAACGUUGCAAUUGUAUAGAUCUCUCUUCAGAUAUGUCAGAGUACUGAUCAUUAAUGAAAUUAGCAUGGUUAGUGCAGAACUUCUACAUAAAAUUGAUAAUCGUCUAAAACAAAUAACAGGCAAAAACACAGAUUUCGGAAGUAUAGAUGUUAUUUUGAUCGGAGAUUUACGACAAUUGCCCCCAGUAAGAUCGACACCAAUUUACAAGACAAUCAGAACGAGCAUGAUUGGACCGCAUUUACGGAGAAAAUUAAAAUUUUAUCAACUCACCACAGUAAUGAGACAAGCUAAUGUUGCAUUUUCACAAGUUUUGACAAAAAUAGGUAAUGGAGAUGUACUAGAUGAGCAUGAGUUUCAACUUAUUGAAUCGAGAUUUUUCAAAAAUGAGGAUGUUGCUACAUUAUGUCCUGAUGGAGUUCGUUUAUUUUUUUUAAAUGAAGAAUUUGCCGCCUAUAGCAAUUUGAUUUUGAGCCAAUGUGAAAACAAAGUUCUUUCAACGUCCGUAGACGUCAUUAUUGGCGCUAAAAGUGCUGAGCAAGAAGCUAAUUUUAGACUUAAAUUACAUAAAAAAUCUGUUAUUGACACUGGAGGACUGCCUUAUCACAUCACUUUUGUCGUUGGAAAGCAUUAUGUUAUUACAACUAACAUCGACGUUACUGAUGGUUUGUGCAAUGGUGCUGUUGGGAAAUUGGUACAUCUAGAAUUUGAUGAAAGUAACACAUUAAUAAGAGUUUGGCUGGAAUUUUGUGGUUCAGAUAAAGUGGAUAGGAAAAAAAGGCAAAAAGCAGCCGCUCUAGCAGUGCAAAACAGAGUUGGCAAUCUCGCUGUUCCCAUUGAAUUACGAACAGUAAAUAUUUCAUUAGCAUCGGAUAGAAAAUGUAUAGCCAAACGCAAACAUUUUCCAUUAACCUCAGCUCUUGCUCUAACUAUACAUAAGUCGCAAGGUGGAACUUUUGACGAAAUAGUAUAUGAGUAUAGUAAAGCACAUUCUCAGGAACUCGUUUAUGUUGCGCUCUCUCGGGUGACUAGUAUUGAAAAAUUGUAUAUCACGACAAAAAACGAUAAUUCUACAUUCAAGUUUUAUCAUAAUCGAAAGCAAGCUGCAUCGACUGCAUCUUUGUUGCAAGAAUUCAAAAGACUGUCUUUAAAUAGUGUUCAGACGAUAGCUAAAAGUUUAUUAGAUUUCAUUAGUAAUAGAAAUGGCAUUUCAAUAAUGACUUUCAACUGCCAAAGUCUAAAUAGUCAUAAAUACGAUUUACAACAUUCAGUUACGAGACAAACAAAUGUGUUACUUCUUACCGAAACUUGCAUGACGCAUGAUAAUCCGAUUGAAAUACCUAAUUUUAAUUGUAUUGUUCAGUUCAAACGAGAUACUGUUCCAAAAGGUGGGGUAGCUAUUUACCAAAAUAAAAAUGAUAUUACUAAUAUUAUGACUCCGAAUAUUGAAAUAAAUAUUGCACACGUCAGCGAUGUUAAUGUUAGGCGCUCAGUUGUUGGAGAUAUUUGUGCGUGCUUAUGCAAACUUAGAAAUGGCCUACAAAUAGUUAUGGUUGCAAUUUACAUUUCUCCGAAUCCAAAAUUGGACGAGGUAGAGCAUUUUAUUCAUCGCACUUUACUGGAGUACACUGAAGAAGGGUCGAAAAUACUUGGUACAAAUGGUAAUAAAAUUCCCCUUAUCUUGGCUGGCGAUUUCAACAUUAACUUCGCUGAUAAAAAAUCAGAGCGGUUGACAACUUUUCUAUCAAAAACAUUGAAAUUGAAAAUGAAUAAUGAUCCACAAGAGAAUGAAUUUAUUAUUUAA